UACAUAAUGGUUUUUACCGAUAUAAUCCCUUGUUUCAGCUUGUGUACACGCAGAGUGUGCGAGACUAAAGAAAGGAUAAAAUGGCGUAUGUAAUUAAAACCAAGAAAUCAGAAGUAGAGCUUCCUUACCUUCCUAAAAAUGGUAUACUCAAGAACGGAAUAGCGGUGACCCUUGACUGGUAUAAGGAAGCAGACGAGAGAGAAUUAUUUGAAAUUCUGAGAUACAUCGUUCAUGAAGAAGGCGAUAGUUACCCCCAAGAUGAGAUGUCUACUUUAGAGGAUUUCCGGUCAUACUACUUAUCCCAUGAUGUUUUUGUAUGUAAAAUCAUAACGACUGGAGAACUCAUUGGAGGGUUUUAUGUAAAGCCAAACUUUCCUGGACGAUGCUCACAUAUCUGUAACGCUGGAUUUAUAGUUAAAGCAUCAUCAAGGGGUUAUGGAGCUGGAACAUUUAUGGCAGAAGCAUAUUUACAAAUAGCACGUGAUUUAGGAUACCUUGGGUCGUUUUUCAACCUUGUAUUUGUUUCUAAUGAAUCAUCGGUUAAGUUAUGGCGAAAACUAGGAUUUACUGAAAUUGGACGAGUCCCGAAGGCUGGAAAAUUAAAAGGAAGGGACAUGACGGACGCUCUUCAAUUUUAUUAUGACUUAACUACGUUACCGAAAUUGAUAAUGGAAUAAUCGUGAUGAAUAACAUAAAUUACAAAAAUUACCAUAUAAGUUAAUUGACAUAUUGUAAAAUAAAUGAAGGAGUGUUUGAAAAUACACCACAAUAUUCAUGGGAAGGUGCAUAUAUCAGAACAAAUAUUUGGAAUUGCAUCACAAUAUUCACUUGAAGGUGCAUGUAUCAGAAAUGCAUUAUUAUCGAUUCCGAAAUGCUAAUCCAUAAAUUCUUGGUCUUUCUUAUUUAAAACAUUACAAAAUAUUUCAAAAUAACCAAUCACAUUAUAUUGAACAAUAAUUAAAGUUCCUCACAUGUACAUACAUGACAGUAUACUGUUAUAAAAGUUUGUCUUUUAUAUUGUCAAUGAAAUUUUGAAUAUAUUUAUAUGUAAUUGGGAUUUUCGUGUAAUUGCAUAACUAUAUGAACAACCCGUAAAACGCAAAUGUCACGUUUGGCCCUACCAAGUUUCUAAAGAGGAUCAAGUUCCUGAGUUUCAUCAUCUCAGUAUUAAAUGUUUGUAAUAAAUAAUGGAAAACAAUAACACGUAAAAACUUUACAUUAAACUGUGUAUAUAUUUUAAA